AUGCAUGGGACAGAUGCAUUACGGGUGGGCGUUGCAAUUGGACACGGAACAGGCCCAGAGCUGGCGGUGGUGUUCGAGAAUGUCCUGCAAGAAUUGGCGUCCCGUUAUUCUCUGAGAAUCGAAUUCGUCCGAUCGGACAGAAUUUAUCAUUCUUAUAACUCCCUGCCUCUUUCAGAUGAAAGCCAGAAUGCAAUCCUCGACAUCUGCGACGAAACCGUAAAUGACAUCACGCACUAUCAGCAAUUUUGUGAGCGGGAGGCCAAUCGAGGUCUGAAAGUCAUAUUCCGAACAGCAAUAAGUGCCCAGUCACUGUAUGCAGUACGUCAGCAAUUGGAAGCCGUCAAGGUCGAGUGCUUUGAUCGUGGCACGUCAUCUCUUUUGGUUAUCCGAGAUCAAGCACAGGGGUUCUAUACAGGAACCAAUAAACUCGAAAGUGAUCAGAAAUCUGUAUCGAGGGUAUGUGAAUUCCGCAAAGAAGUGUUCCAGCAUAUCAUAGCAUUCUCUCUUGAGCGGGCAAGAGAGAAAUGGGGUGAUGACCUUGGGGGAAUAAAGACCAUCUUCUUGGUAUACAAGUUCCAUCUCUUCGAUGGAUUAUUGUUAUCCUGGGCCAAGGAAUUGACUGAAGAAUUUGGUAUCAAAGUGGAGUUUAUUCAGCCGGACACAAUGAACAGGAAUAUGAUUGCAUUUGGUGUUAGCCGUUGCUUGAUGGUGGCUGGCAACGAGUAUGCGGAUAUCAUGCAGACAAUAUUCCUGGAGAGAUUCAACAUGCGGGUUCAAGAAACAUCUUGUUCAGAAAACGUCUACUUGAAGCCAGCAUUGAACCGGCUUAGCGAGUACCAGACCACCCAUGGCUCGGCGGAUGAUAUCACAGGCAAAGGAAUCGUAAAUCCAUCUGCCACUAUACGUGCUGCUGCUGCCAUUCUCGAGCGUUUCGGUGGUUGUACUGGUAUUGAUGCUGAGGUUGAUGAGACGUUGAAUGUCCUUCAGCAGAAUAAGUCAGUUACUCCGGAUCAAGGGGGUAACCUCACCACCAACGCUUUUGUCGAUCUCUUUCUUCAGACCCUUCCAAGCCCAAGUGUUGGCACGCCCACUGGAAGCGAAUUUUCACAGCCAUCCUCUCUGGCCGACGAUCCUGCAGAUAUAUGUCCAGCACCAGACUUUGCAGCAGCCUUCAUGAAGAAAGGGACGGCUGUAGUGGUGGUAGACUUUCAAAACGAUUUCAUUUCACUAGGAAAUCCGGAGACUAUGAGCUGCAUAACGCAUGCACUUGUUCGUGUACUUGCCUUUUCUAGGUCUCAUGAACAAGAGAUCAUCUUUAUCCAGCAUUUAGGGGACCAGCGUUACCAGAAUGCUAGUUGGAGACAUCGAAACCGCGUUCAGAGCCGCAAAGAGCUCUGCGUAGAAGGAACUCGGGGAGCUGAUCUGUCCCCGGCCCUCUCACCGGCGCGCGGUGAACAUAUAUUCACAAAGAAAGCUCAGUUUGAUGCAUUCCAAAGCCCUGAGUUCGAAAAGUAUAUUUCUGAAAAAGGGAUUGAACACAUCAUUCUCGUGGGCCUGUACGCCGACAUAUGUAUUGACGCAACAGCUAAGGCAGCUUUCCAGAGAGGCUUAUGGACCACUGUUGUCCAGGAUUGUACGACAGCUCUGCACUUGAAGGACGAAGAUAUCUUGGGGUACAUGCAGAAGGUUUAUGGCACCAGAGUUGUGGAAAGUGAAAAACUCUUGAGAAUGCAUGCAUAG